AUGACAACUUUUGAUUUUUCGGACGUGGAGGCAUUUUUGGAUUGCCAUCCGGAGCUUUUUGAGGAGUAUCUCGUCAGGAAGGGAAAAUGUGACACCCUGAUCAGAUGGCUCAAAGAGCAUCAGCCGUCCAAAACCUCUCCGGUGGAGGAGAAACGCGGGGUCGCGAGGGAUCCGUUCUGGCCCACGAACCCCGAUGGGCUAAAGCGCAGAUCGUCCCACAUGGAGCUCCGCAGGAACUUCGCCCGGUCCAAAGCGAUGACGGCGCACCGGACCUACGAUGAGCAAGUCAGUCUCACGGCUCACGAGUCUCAGUCAAGUAUGCGACGGCGCGCACUCCUGCGGAAAGCCAGUUCGUUACCGCCGACCACCGCGCACAUCUUGAGCGAGCUGCUCGAGUCCCGGGUGAACGUGCCUCAAUAUGCAUCCAGCGCUAUUGACUACAAAUACAGACUCAAAGAGUCCAACGAGAGGGAGUUCUUCCUCGAACUGGUUAAGGACAUUUCUAACGAACUUGACAUGCCGAACCUCAGCUACAAGAUUCUUAUCAAUGUGUGCAUCAUGGUAAACGCAGACAGGUGUUCGCUUUUCCUAGUGGAGGGACCGUCUCAUAAGAGGACACUGGUGUCCAAAUUUUUUGAUGUGCACUCGGGUACGACGGUGCGACCCUCUUCAAGCACUCUGGACUCAAACGAGGUGCAGGUUCCGUGGGGAAAAGGCAUCAUAGGUUAUGUAGCAGAACACGGAGAAACCGUCAACAUCCCGAACGCAUACGAGGUGCUGCAAAUGUAUCUACCAUUCUGCGGAAUAUCGAUCUCCAAUGCCAAACUCUUCUCCGAAUCCCGCAAGGAGUAUGAGAGGAGCAGGGCCCUGCUGGAGGUGGUGAAUGAUCUGUUUGAGGAGCAGACGGACCUGGAGAAGAUCGUGAGAAAGAUCAUGCAGCGUGCGCUGACAUUGCUUCAGUGUGAGCGCUGCUCGGUGCUUCUGCUAGAAGACAUCCAUUCUCCUGUAGUCAAGUUCUCCCAGACGUUUGAGCUCAUGUCUCCACUGUGCAGCGUUGAUCAUGACAUCAGUAUGUGUGUUUGUGUGUAUGUGGGUGCAUUUGACAAAGUCAGCAUGGAGAAGGUGUCUUGCUCGGACUGGCUGAUCAAUAACAGCAUUGCUGAGUUGGUAGCAUCAACCGGGCUGCCUGUUAACAUCAGUGACGUCUGUCAGGAUCCCCGCUUUGAUGCUGAGGCGGACCAGGCUUCUGGUUUCCAUAUCAGAUCAGUUUUAUGUGUCCCCAUCUGGAAUCGGACACAUCAGAUUAUUGGUGUUGCCCAGAUUCUGAAUCGCUUGGACAGGAAGACAUUUAAUGAUGCAGAUCAAAGAUUAUUUGAGGCAUUUGUUAUUUUCUGUGGUCUGGGCAUUAACAACACAAUGAUGUAUAACCAGGUGAAAAAGGCUUGGGCCAAGCAGUCUGUGGCUCUAGAUAUGCUGUCCUAUCAUGCUACAUGCUCCAAGGCAGAGGUUGAUCGACUGAAGGCUGCUAAGAUUCCCCUAAGCAGUGAGCUCGGGAUUGAUGAGCUCCACUUUAAUGACUUUUCUCUGGACAAUGACGCCAUGAUCACUGCCUCCCUGCGGAUGUUUUUGGAGCUUGGUGUCGUGCAGAAAUUCAAAAUUGAUUAUGAGGUGCUGUGCCGCUGGCUGCUUACCGUGAGGAAGAACUACCGCACCGUAGCCUAUCACAACUGGAGGCAUGCCUUCAACGUCUCGCAGUGCAUGUUUGUUAUGAUCACCACUGCUGGGUUCCAGGAGGUGCUGACAGACACAGAGACUCUCGCUCUUAUGGUUGGGUGUUUCUGCCAUGACCUGGACCAUCGUGGCACAAAUAACGCCUUUCAGGCAAAGUCUGGGUCAGCACUAGCGCUGCUGUACGGAACAUCUGCUACACUAGAGCAUCAUCAUUUCAACCAUGCUGUCAUGAUCCUGCAGAGUGAGGGUCACAACAUUUUUGCUAAUCUGUCCUCCAAAGAGUACAGCAACAUGAUGCAGCUACUGAAACAGGCCAUUCUGUCCACAGAUCUCACAUUGUAUUUCAAAAAAAGAACCCAGUUCUUUGAGUGUGUUCUGUCGGGGCAGUUCAGUUGGAGUAAUGAAGAACAUAGAGACAUGUUCAGGUCUAUGCUGAUGACUGCGUGUGACUUGGGUGCAGUGACCCGACCAUGGGAAAUCUCAAAACAGGUGGCUGAAUUGGUGACCAGUGAAUUCUUUGAACAAGGUGACAGGGAGAGAUCAGAGCUGAAAUUGACACCAGCUGCAAUUUUUGAUCGCAAUCGUAAAGAUGAGCUCCCUGUGCUUCAGUUGGAAUGGAUUGAUGGAAUUUGUAAGCCAUUAUAUGAGGCUCUUGUGAAGUUGAAUAGGAAGCUUCAGCCGAUGGUAGAUGGAAUUGAUGCCAACCGAAAGAAGUGGGAGGAGCUUUGUCUGUCCUAUCAGCAAACACGGAGAGCCUCUGAGUGUAUCUCCAGUCUGGAGGCAGGAGAGACAGAAUCGUCUCAGAGUUCAGACUCCACCCAUGAGCCAGAAUCAAGUCAGAGUGAGGCAACCAAUCAGAGUGAAGACUCCACCCACUGUGUGCAGCCAAAUCAAGCCACAGUAGCCAAUUACAAAUAAGAAGCGUGAUGUGACGAUUAA